AUGAGUGAAUCCAAGUACGUGUGUCGGUUUCUCCUAGUAAUUGUACUCCUCUUGGCUAUCCCUGCAAUACUUCUAUCCAUAAUCCUACCUCCCUAUCCCCCCCGCUUCUACAUUGUUGACUUCUCCAUCCCACAGUCCUCGUUAGUCAGCAAGGAGGGUCAGAACGGCACCGUUUUAUUUAGUCUUGAAAUUGAAAAUCAAAACGCAGUCUCCACAGUAUACUAUGAUGACAUUUUUCUCACAUUUUAUUUUGGGGAGGAGAUAGUAGGUGAGAAAACAAUACCAGCUUUCCACCAACGAGCAGGGAGAAGUCGUAAAGUAUUUGAUUAUGUGGAUGCCAACCCACGAGUGUGGAAAUCUUUUCUCAAUGAAUUAAUAUCAAAUGCAAAAGCCAAAUUGAUGGUGGGUGUGGUAUCUAGGAUUCGAGAGAAGGGGGGGAAGCAUCAUAAAUUAGACUUGCAACGUCUUCUAUUAGUUGGAAAGGAUGGGAAGAUUUCAGGCAAGAGGAGGAAGAAGAUUAAGCUGCGCCAUACUACCAAUAAAUGGAGGAGGUAG